UAACCCUAGUACCUUAUCUGCAGGUAUAUAAUAUUAUAUAGAUAUUCCCAUUGCCUCACAUACAAAUACCUCACCAGUGCAUUAUUUACAGACAAAUAUUAUUAUAAAGAGGAUCCCUCUGUCUCACACACACAGCCUCUUUCCAGAAGUUCCAAUACUUUAUCCUCGAGUAGCAGCUAGAUCCCUUGCAGCAAAAGGACCGUGAACUCCCAGAAGCCACGUGACUGCAGUGACCUCAUCUGUCCUUUUACCGGACUGGAUCUAGCUACUACCAGGUGUCACAUUUAUAGCAUCUGACUCAGUCACUGACAAAGAACAAGAUGAACACAUGCAGGAAGCUGAUGGCAGAGCAGUUCCUGAGUCAGGCCCUGGGCAUCAUCUGCCUGCUGACCGGAGAGGAAUACACCAUUGUGAAGAAGAGGCCCUCCCAAAGCAGCAUACAACAGCUGAGCGGAGAGGUGCCUAUAAAGUGUGAUGAUGUUGCUGUGUAUUUCUCUAUGGAGGAGUGGGAGUAUAUAGAGGGACACAAGGAGCUUUACAAGGGCGUCAUGAUGGAGACUCACCAAGCAGUAAGGACUAUGGAGAUCCCAGGAAAUGAGAGCUUAGAACUAACAAGUCACAGAGAUGAAAAUCUAGACACAGGAACACAUAGAGAACUUGUACAGAAUAUUCAGCCAGUGGAGACCCCAUCAGACGUCUCUGCAGAACUAACAGGACACCGUGAUGAAAAUCUAGACACAGGAGCUACUGAACUUGUACAGAUUAUUCAGCCAUCAGAUGUCUCUGCAGAUGUAAACAAUGCUAAAAUUGUAUGUAACACGGAACAAACAGAAGAUCAGUGGCUAAGUAAUAUGACAGAAGCUGCAGAGCAGGGAAUAUGUGACAAUAUAAGUACAGGUGAAAAAGAUGCUAAGAUUUCAUGUAACACAGAACAAACAGAAGAUCAGUGGCUAAGUAAUAUGCCAGAAGCAGCAGAGCAGGAAAUAUGUGACAAUAUAAAUACAGUUGAAAAAGAUGCUAAGAUUUCAUGUAACACAGAACAAUCAGAAGAUCAGUGGCUAAGUAAUAUGCCAGAAGCAGCAGAGCAGGAAAUAUGUGACAAUAUAAAUACAGGUGAAUUCACAAACCACAAUAAUCCUAGUCAUGAUCAGAGUGCAGAUGCUUCUUUAAAUCUUCAUCAAAGAAGCCAAGUGGGAAAUUUAUGUUCUAUAUGUGGGACAUGUUUUAACCGUAAAGGGAAUCUUGUUGUUCAUCAGAAAAUUCAUACAGGAGAAAAAAAAAAGUCAUGUUCUGUAUGUGGGAAAUGUUUUACUCGGAAGUCGUAUCUUAUUGUCCAUCAGAAAAUUCAUAGAGGAGAGAAAGAAUUUUCAUGUUCUGACUGUGGGAAAUGUUUUACUCAGAAAUCAAAUCUUAUAACGCAUCAGAAAAUUCAUACAGGAGAGAGAGCAUUUUCAUGUUCUGACUGUGGGAAAUGUUUUACUCGGAAACCAUAUCUUAUUGAUCAUCAGAAAAGUCAUACAGGAGAGAGAGCAUUUUCAUGUUCUGACUGUGGGAAAUGUUUUACUCGGAAACCACAUCUUAUUCGUCAUCAGAAAAUUCAUACAGGAGAGAGAGCAUUUUCAUGUUCUGACUGUGGGAAAUGUUUUACUUGGAAGCCACAUCUUAUUCGUCAUCAGAAAAUUCAUACAGGUGAGAGAGCAUUUUCAUGUUCUGACUGUGGGAAAUGUUUUACUCGGAAACCACAUCUUACUGAUCAUCAGAACAUUCAUACAGGAGAGAGAGCAUUUUCAUGUUCUGACUGUGGGAAAUGUUUUACUCGGAAACCACAUCUUAUUCGUCAUCAGAAAAUUCAUACAGGAGAGAGAGCAUUUUCAUGUUCUGAGUGUGGGAAAUGUUUUACUCAGAAAUCAAAUCUUAUUACGCAUCAGAAAAUUCAUACAGGAGAGAGAGGAUUUUCAUGUUCUGACUGUGGGAAAUGUUUUACUCUAAAAUCAUAUCUCAUUGAUCAUCAGAAAAUUCAUACAGGAGAGAGAGCAUUUUCAUGUUCUGACUGUGGGAAAUGUUUUACUCGGAAACCACAUCUUAUUCGUCAUCAGAAAAUUCAUACAGGAGAGAGAGCAUUUUCAUGUUCUGAGUGUGGGAAAUGUUUUACUCAGAAAUCAAAUCUUAUUACGCAUCAGAAAAUUCAUACAGGAGAGAGAGGAUUUUCAUGUUCUGACUGUGGGAAAUGUUUUACUCGGAAACCACAUCUUAUUCGUCAUCAGAAAAUUCAUACAGGAGAGAGAGGAUUUUCAUGUUCUGACUGUGGGAAAUGUUUUACUCGGAAACCACAUCUUAUUCGUCAUCAGAAAAUUCAUACAGGAGAAAGAGCAUUUUCAUGUUCUGAGUGAGGGAAAUAUUUUACUCUAAAGUAAAAUCUUACUAAGCAUCAGAAAAGUCAUAUUAAAGGAAAUAAGAACAUAACCACUUAAAGGACCUCUCAUUGCAGAAGAAUUGCAUAAUAAACAAGUGCAUAAUAAAAAGACAAUUAUUUAACACCUACUCUGAAUUUCAAAUAAGCAGUUGAUUUUCUUCUGACAAAUUAAUUUUUCUCCCAUUUUCCUGCACCCUGUAUCAUGUGACAGACAUCAGCCAAUCACAGACUAGUAUGCAUAAACCCUGUGAGCUUGUGCACAUGCUCAGUAGGAUCUUGUUCCCCAGAAAGUGUGAAGAUAAUUUGAUAAUGGAAGUACAUUGUAAAGUGUCUUUAAACUUUUAUGAUUCAGAAAGAGCAUGCAGUUUUUUUUUACUUGAGUUUCCCUUUAAGAGAAGAGUGGCAUGUAGUUAUCACCCACACAAUAACUAGUAAUGAUAAUGACUACAUGUUAUCCUUGGGGGGGGGGGCGCUUUUGAAGUAGUUUGAGGCUCCUUCUGCACUGCAAGAAUUUACUAGGUGGCUUACUGUAUUUGUCAUACCUGGGGGCAUCAUGAGUCCCUAAAUUGGUUUUAAUAGCCAAGUGAUCACAUGGCACAAAUAAAAUGCCCUGUUGAUGAAGCCGUCUUUGCAAUUUAGGUACUGUUGAAGGCGUUCUAGUCAGUUUAUCACUGAGGUGACAGAGUUCGGAAUUUAAAUUGACCAGUUGUUUAGGAUAUGCCCCUAUGUUAUUAUAAAAAAUGCAAAAGCCCUUGUCUAGAAUAGGAGUGCCCCCCUUGUUGCAUAAAAUGAUAACACUACAUUUUUUUUUCAUUUUUGAUGUUUAAUUGCAAAAUUAUAUAUUAUAAAUAUAUUCUCUAUUUAUGCUAUGAUCCAGAACAGUUUUGACUAGAGUUGAGAAAAAAAAACUAUUUUUACACUGUAUUGUUUAUGACCUUGUUUAUUAAAAUGGUUAUAAAAACAAAAA